AUGCGGCCUCUGCCUACGUCAUCCCCUCCCCACCACCCCCCCCCCGCCCUGACGCCAGACCGUUUCCCCGCAGCCGCGCCCCGGGACCGGGAGGCCGCAGACCGCAGCAGCCCCGAGCGCGAAGCCGAGGCCGGCGCCGGGACCGGGAGGCCCCGCACCAAGUUCUCGGCCGCGCAGCUGCAGGAGCUGGAGCGGAGCUUCCGUGAGCAGCGCUACAUCGGAGCCAGCGAGAAGCGGCGGCUGGCCGCCGUGCUGAACCUCUCCCAGGGCCAGAUAAAAACCUGGUUCCAGAAUCGUCGUAUGAAGUUUAAACGUCAAACUCAAGAUGCCAGAGUGGAAGCUCUUUUCUCAGGCUUGUUUUUGCCAUAUCGUUGUUACCCAGAUAUUGCUACAUCCAGCUGUUCUCAUGGGACGGAUGUCAACAUCUCUUCUACCUCUCCUGUUUCCCUUCACCCCACUACGCCAAGGCCUGUCUUGUUGUUACCUUCUGUUCCAGCUCAGUCUCUUCACCCGAUUUUGCCAAGUCCAGUGUUACUAUUGCCUUCCAGCCCAGGACUAUCUUGUUACUCCUCUGCAAUUCCAGCAAUGACUCAAACUGAUGAGCAUAAAAGACUGAGGUUCCAGCCAUACCUUCCUUCCUGUUAA